ACUCCUGUUUGUUCCAUUUCUGUGAUUCGCAGUAGGAAGUUUCAUUAUUAAUUUAUAUGUCUUAAAAUGUAAAAGAUGGUGGUCAAAUAAUGCUGCUAACGUAGCCAGCUCCGAGUGAGUCUGUAGGUCCGAGCUGGAAUGAUGUUGCCUGGGGUGUUUUAUGCGCUAAUGGCGGGGUUCCUGGCAGCUUUAGCUUCAUCUUCUGCUAAGUUGUCAUUGGGUGCUGAUUAUCUGAAAGAUGUGUGUGAAACAGGACUGAAGAUCUGGACAGACCGACAGGGAAACUCUGACGACGCUACAGCUUGUGAUUGGUUGCAUAUACCUCUGCGGCUGCUGUGUGGAGGUCUUCUGUUUACCUGCAAUGCUGUGAUGUGGACCUUCUUCUCCAAAGCCCUCCGUCACUCGUCUUCCUCUGCCCGGGCCACUGUGACCACCACUGCCUCAAAUUUUAUAUCCUCUGCUUUCCUUGGACAUGUGAUCUUCGGUGAAACUCAUGCCACACUGUGGUGGGUUGGUAUCAUUUUGACCCUGACAGGGCUUUUUGUCUUGCAUGGAUCAACUCCUCAGGCUCCACAGGAAAACGUGGAUAAGAAACAUGAGUAGAUAACACAGGGAGCAACAAUGCCUUAUCACAUGCUUGAAGUCAAUCAAUCAAGUCAGACAGCAUGAAAGAUAAGCACUUAAAGCUAAUAAGGAUUAUUUAUGCAAGACUGUGAUACAAGUGUCUGUUAUAAAAGCAUUGCAGUUCAUUUAUUAAUGUGCGUUAUAGUCAUGUGAAUGUUGACACGAUGCAAAGCUUUGAAAUGUGUCUCACUUUGUGCCUGUAGUCAGUAGGUUACUUCAAACUGUGACAUGAGAUGUUUCUAUUUUAUUGUCAUCAGUUUUUGUUGAUUGUUGAUGGUUAAUUGACCAAAUACUAUGAAACCUUGUUUAAGCCUUGGAAUUAAAACAAUUUAAAAAAAGAUGAUUGCGACUUUUUAUCUCAUAAUUUGGAUUUCCGUUCUAAAGUUGAAAUUUCAUUUUGUAAUUUUAAGAUCGCAAAGUUAACAAUGUGCAAGUUAAUAUUUAAGACAUAUCAGAAUUUUGAGUUACUGUGAGAAAAACCUGAACUCACAAUUGAAAGAAAGAAAAGUAUGGGUCAACAAAAACUGUGAGAUAUAAAUGCAGAAGUCGGCUUUUUUUCCUUGUGAUUCAUUUUUCUCAAGAUUGUUUAUAUAUUGCAAUUCUCAUCAUUUUCUGUGAAAAGAGAAACAAAAACAAACAUUGUGAAAUAAAGUUUCAAUACCUUUUUAUAAUCCUGUGGCAAAAACAGGCUUCCAUAAACUAGCUGUGAAUCACAGUCGAUUUGACCUACAGUCGAUUUUACCUACAAACUUGAGUCUUUCGAAGCAAAUCUAGUUGAACUAACAUUUAAUAAUUCAUUUUCCUUCAGUUCAAUCCCUUAUUUAUCAGGGGUCACCACUGUGGAAUGAACCACCAACUAUUCCAGCAUAUGUUUUACAGAGCGGAUGCCCUUCCAGCCGCAACACACACACACACACACACACACACACACACACACACACACACACACACUCAUGCACUACGGCCAAGUUAGUUCACCGAUUCGCCUAUAGCGCAUGUACUUGGACUGUGAGGGAAACAGGAGCACCGGGAGGAAACCCAAGCAAACACAGGGAGAACAUGCAAACUCCACACAGAAAUUCUAACUGGCCCAGCCGGGGCUUGAACCAGCAACCUUGCUGUGAGGUGACAGUGCUAACCACUGUGCUGCUAUAUUCAAUCAUACAUAAAGAAAAAAAUGCAUUUAAUUUUCAUU